GUUUAUAUCUGAUAUUGAUUAAUUUUACCUGUCACAGUACCACGAUGUCAUGAAAACUCAUGGACUUCCCGUCGGAUUCCGUAGAACAUGAUACGGAUGGGUCGUCUGAAUGUGAUAUAGAUGCAGAAAGAUGUCUUGCACAUAGGGCGGCUGCGCAGGGAAAUAUAGAAUUACUUGUUCAUGUUGUCAAGAGUGACCCAGGGGUACUUGAACAAGAUGACGGUGAUGGUUACAAACCUUUAGCUCAUGCUAUAAUGAUGCAGCAACUCCCAGCAGUGAAACGACUGGUUAAAAUGGGAGCUAACAUCAAUGCACAAGACAGUAAAGGGAGAACUGGUUUGGCUGUGGCUGCUUAUCAGGGCUGGUAUGAGGGAGUAGUUUACCUCCUUCGUAAAGGUGCUAAACAGAAUGUUGCAGACAAAUCAGGACGAUUACCUUUGCAUGCCUCUACGUAUAAUAAAGAUACAAGAAUUGUUGCUGCUCUAUUGAAAAAUUUGUCACAUGAUGCUGUUAAUUACUCAGACAAUGAGAGAAUGACUGCAGUUCAGUGGUCGUGCUUUCAUAAUAGACCACAUCACGUUCAGUUACUUCUUGAUCAUGGUGCUGAUAUCUCGGUCCAAGAUGUCGACGGUAAAACACCGCUUCAUUGGGCUGCUCAGAAUGGCAGCAGUGAAUGUUGUCGGAUUAUUCUACAAGACAUUACUGGUGCUACUCUUGUUAAUUAUAAGGACUUUUCAGGAAAAUGCGCAUUACAUUAUGCAGCAGCUGCUGGGAACGUUGACGUCAUAAAACUGCUGUCAGAUGUUGAAAAUAUAAGCAUAGAACCUGAAGAUCCAGAUGAUAGAACUCCUCUACAUUGGGCUGCUGCUAUGGGCCAUCAGGACUGUGUUUCGUUACUACUGAGGUUAGGGGUAAAACCAAACUCAAUAGACAUUGACGGAAACACGCCAAUUGAUUAUACAAGACAAACUGGCCAUAAAGCAUGUCAGAAACUCCUUGAGGAAAGACUUGGAAUUAAAAGUUCUCCUACGCAUAAGAAGGAAAAACGAAAGAAAAGUAAAGACCAACCCCAUUCUUUAAAUCCAUUUGAAAAAUUAAAAGGACUAUUUAAAAAACGAUCAAAUGAUGUUAAACAUGACGAUAAAUUAUUAGAGAUGAAAACAGUGGAGAAAAGAGAAUCAGUGACCUCGAUGACAUUAGUGCCAAAAAUUGUAUUAUUUGACCAUGAUGAUAUUGACGGAAAGGAAAAUACUGGGAAACGAAAAAAGUCUAAAAAGCCUCAUAAGGCACAAACAGAUUUUAAAUCACCUGGGUACUUCAUUCCCUCAGUAUCUCCGUCAGUUCCUCUUCCUCCAGUAGGAUCGCCCCUCCUUCCAAUGUCACCAAGACGUCCAGUGCAACCACCAGAAAGUAAACGUGAAGAUGAGCUCGCACCACUCAGAGUCCCAAAACAUGCCAUAGGAAAACCAGUUGCUGUACACGAUAAGGUUGCAGCGUUAAGGUCUGAAAAAGAAGGAGAAGCAAGAACUCCCACCCCUCCGCCACAUCUAAAGGCAGCAUUAGGUACUGGCAGGAAUCAAACCACAAGUCCAACAGACUUUCUCUAUAAAAAGACAAAGAAAAGACUGGAGGCAACAGUUUGGUCCCAACCAAAUGACAUUGCACCUUCAUCAAGGUCAAAAGGUUUACAAAGUGGUGCUGGGAAAUCUCAAUUAUCCCCCUUAGCUAAUCAAUAUGGACAAAUGACGACCAUGGAAAAGAAGACUUUGGACAAGACAAUACAUAGUUUGUUACAUUGAUUCUAAUUGGAUGAUCUUGUGUUAGAAACAACUGUGUUCAAAUAUUGUGUUGUGCCUAACUUUCCUGGUACAAAAAUUUAUUAAAAAAAAUUCCCAUUCAUUCAUUCGUUUUCAACCAUUUAUUUUAGAAAGGAAGAAUACCAAAAUGAAUUUUGUUUUCAAGCUGAUAAUCUUUUUUUUUAAAUUGUACAAAUAUAAAUUUAUCAAAUGGAAUUGUUGCAUUGAAACUUGUCUCAUUCUUAACAGAAUCAGUAUCAGAAAAUUGUCACAUUAAAACUUGAAAUUCAAAUAAAUAUGAAUUUAGAGUUGUGUAAAGAAAUGAAAUAGUCACAAUUUUGAAUACCCAUUACAUUAAAUUUUAGUAUUCAUAAAAAAGUAAUCAUUUAAUUACAAAUUUAACUUCGAUCUGUUUCAGUUAUCAAACUGCAGGUUAUGAAUUAUAAAUCUCUUGUAAAAUAUGGCUUAAAAUCAAAAAUACAACUUUUACUGGAAAAAAAAAUCAGUGUUCUGGAUGCUGUAAAAUGCUUCAGUAAAUAAAAGAAGAGGUUAUAUGAGAACAGGGGCGGAUCCAGCCAUUUUAAAAUGGGGGGUUCCUAACCCAGGACAAAUGGGUGUGUAGGGGGUUUCAGCUACAUGUCCCAAUUCAAAUGCAUAAUUUUUUUCUAAGGUGUUUAAUUUUACUGUAAUAUCAGCUUGAAAGGCAUCUAUUAUAGUGCUUAGAACUUAAGGUUGAAGCAGAAAAAUCAAAGAGGUGCCAAUAUAUUCAAGGGUGGAUGGCUUCUACUCCUGAAAGGGUUAUGGUGAUUCCUCAAAUUUAGCUAGUCAAUAAAAAAAAAGCAUUUGAAUUUUAAAUUUGAAUAACAUUGAUAUGUGCCUUGCAAUUUGCAUAAACAAUAAUGUUUUGUACCUUUUAGAAAUGAAUUCUUCUUUUUUUAUAUUUUGAAGACUAUAAGUAAUAUACUUGAUUCUUGAUCUGAAAGGAGCAUCAGCUAUGUGAUGUUAGAAAAAGAUUUAAACAAGCUUUUUUUUUGUUCAAUCAUUCAUGAAAGUGAAAUAGUAGAAUGAUAAUUCACUUUUUUUAGUAGCCAUUUUGUUCAAUUUUGUCAAAAUAAGCUAAGAAAUCUCGCUGAUGAAUUAUUCACUUGCAAGUGAAUUAUUCAACUUCAUUAAAUCAGUAUUCAUAUUACUUUCAAUUUAACACUUAGAUAGAGAUGGGUAACGCACGAAUAAUGCAUGUUCAGUUAUGAAACGAAAAUAAUGUCAACAUUGAAAAUGAAACCAGGAUUAAACAUUUGAUAGAGCAAUUCCAUCCAAUAAUAUGAAAUCAAACAGACCUAGAAAAUCCUAAUAGACUAAAAUACACACCAAAUGCUGAUACAUAAUAUAGAGCCAAUGUAUUGUAAAUUGUUUAUUCUAUCUUUUAUUAUUUUGAUAUACGUUUUAGUUUGUUUAUAUAUCAAAUAAGAGAAUUUUCAUCAAAUUGGUAACAUGAAUUUUACAUCUAAUGCCCCAUUAGUGAAAGAGCAAUCGAUCCUAUAAAAGAUAUUCAAUACUGUGUGAUAAAAACAAUAUAAUGUAACAAUAUGCUUAUACAAUUUUCAAAGCUCAUGUAGAAAAGAGUAUUAUAUGUGUAUAUGAAUAUUUAUGAACCCCUCUCUUUGGUUGUGAUACUGUUAUUAUUCAUGUAUGUUAAUAAAUUGUGUUAUGUUUAA